GCCGUCACAGGAACUCCGUGAACAGCUCCGGAGGACCGUGGAGCUGUCACACAUGAACACCAUGGCCUCUCCCGUUAGCAUGUGCUGCCGCUGGUUGGACAGAGCCGGCGGUUUAAGAAAUGUCAGGAAACUCUUCAUGAGCAGCCAGCGGAUGUAUCCCGGUGCUACGCACAAAGAAAAUGAACUUGAACUCGGAGACCCGGCGUUAACUGCCCCCAACUUCACCGCACCUCAGAGUACCGGGUCAAGAAAGCUGAGACUAAGAGACGACAGCAUACUACCCUUUUCAGCGUUCUUGACUGACAACUUUGGCCGCAGGCACAGCUACCUGCGUAUCUCCCUGACUGAGAAGUGCAAUCUCCGCUGCCAGUACUGCAUGCCAGAAGAGGGGGUAAAGCUCACACCGCGGGGCCAGCUGCUGUCCACUGCAGAGGUGCUAACCUUGGCUCGACUCUUUGUCCGAGAGGGAGUGGACAAAAUCCGUCUCACUGGAGGGGAGCCCCUUAUCAGACCUGAUGUUCUGGACAUCAUCACUGAACUGAGGAAGUUGGAGGGCCUGAAAACUAUUGCAGUAACAACCAAUGGCAUGAACUUGGCCCGGCUUUUGCCAAAGCUGAAAGAUGCUGGCCUGGACCUCAUUAACAUCAGUCUGGAUUCACUGGUUCCUGCCAAAUUUGAGUUUAUUGUCAGGCGGAAAGGGUUCCACAAAGUAAUGGAAGGCAUUGAUAAGGCAAUUGAAUUGGGCUACAACCCUGUCAAGAUCAACUGUGUAGUCAUGCGAGGCCUCAACGAGGAUGAGCUGUUAGAUUUUGUGGCGCUGACAGAGAAGAAGCCUCUGGAGGUGCGCUUCAUUGAAUACAUGCCCUUCGACGGUAACAAAUGGAACUUUAAGAAGAUGGUGAGUUACCAGGAGAUGUUGGACUGCAUCAAGCAGCAGUGGCCCAACCUGGAAGUCCUCCAAGCUGGACCCACAGACACUGCAAAGACAUUUAAAGUGCCAGGCUUCAAGGGUCAGGUGGGCUUUAUCACCUCCAUGUCUGACCAUUUCUGUGGCUCCUGCAACCGUUUACGCAUCACUGCAGAUGGCAACCUCAAGGUGUGUUUGUUUGGUAACUCCGAGGUCUCCCUCAGAGAUGUGUUGCGCUCUGGAGCAUCUGAUGAAGAGCUACUGCAAAUCAUUGGAGCUGCUGUGGGCAGGAAGAAGAAACAACAUGCAGGCAUGUUCAGUAUCUCCCAGAUGAAGAACAGGCCUAUGAUCCUCAUUGGCACCACAUCCCAAAGGUUUCAGCCACAGCCAGAAGACGGCCAGAGGGCUUUCCCUAUUGUUUCCCAGCUUCAAAAUGAGACACUCCUUUCUCUAAAAGCAGCUCCUCACGUGUGCCAUUUAGGCAGCAAGGGAGUCCUGACCAGAGAGGGUGUUUUGUGCCUUCCAGACUGCACUGCUUCAACAAAAGCUGCCCAUGUUUGCUGCCGUAGAACCUUAAUAAGUGGGAGUAGCUGUGGUAAAACACAUAUCAACAAAGAAAAACCUAAUCUUCACAAUGUAGCGCCUCUUCGCUCCUCAGAGUUCAUUUUCACCAGUUGUCACAAUAACACUGCAAGUUCUACGAAACGCACAAGUGUCAUACAUUACAUUAAUGACGACUGUCUCAGGUACGCACAAGCCAGGGGUCCGAAUGCUCCGAAGAGCCUCUUACUCAGGACCCCAGGACCACAUGUUUUUUGCACACUACCAACAAAUGCCAAAAUGAAUCUCAAUCACCACAGUGUUAGACUGUCCCACAGUCAAAGUUCCAGCAAAGACUCCGGCGUCAAACCCAGACAGCGUGUGAGUGAUGAGACCAGGUCAGAUGAAACCAGCAAAGUCCAGCUGACCCAUACAGACCACCAGGGCCGAGCCACCAUGGUGGACGUUGGGGGGAAAGCUCCCACGUGUCGAACAGCCACAGCCUGUGCCACUGUCAUCUUGGGCCCAGUCGCGUUCCCGUUGCUUCAGGACAACCAGCUUGCCAAGGGCGACGCCUUGACAGUGGCGCAACUGGCCGGCAUCAUGGCGUCAAAGCAGACCUCAGCCCUCAUCCCGCUCUGCCACCCGCUCCCCUUAGACCACACCUCAGUCUCUUUUUGCCUCGACGAGCUGCAGAAGGCUGCCGUCAUCACAGCAACGUGUCGCACUACAGGCAGGACAGGAGUUGAGAUGGAGGCUUUGACGGCCGUUUCCGUAGCAGCACUCACCGUCUAUGACAUGUGCAAGGCAGUGACCCAUGACAUCGUCAUCAUGGACAUAAAAUUGGUCAGUAAGACGGGUGGGAAGAGGGACUUUCAUCGCCAUCCAGCCAAGGAAAACUGCAAAUGACUCGUCACCACAUGAACAGACUAAACAGUUGACUGGAAUAGUCAUUUUUCUACAAACUAGAAAACUGUUGUAAUCACUGAGUGGUUCAACAAUGCCAGCCUCUACUCGUAGCUUUCUUAUACAAACUACUUGAUCUGUCACUUAUCCCACACAAUAUGAAUCCAGUUGUCUAAACACUAUGCAUUCUUACUCUGAAUUAUUCGCAAAGCAUUGCUAAAUCAGUGUCAUACAUUAGACAUUGCUUCUUGCCACUAGGGGGCAUUACAUAUGCAAGCCUCUAUGAAGGUCUUUCCGUGAAUAACAAACUGAAGAAGGCAUUGAUGCUGUUUACAUGUUAAAUAAACAGUGCAUCUUUCAUUAACCUACAUGAGCUUUUUAGAUAAUUGCAUUUUGAAUGAAUUCCAGGUGCCUGAUCUAAAGGCUGGCACAAAAGGAAGCACCAUCGGAGUAAUGAGAACACAGGAGAGCAUGCUUGAGUGUCCUGGCUGCAGUUCUUCACUGCUUCCCAGUCUUAAAGUGAAUAUAUCAUAUACUGUGUUGUUCCUGUGUUUACCUGCUUUGCAUUGCUAUAACACUAUGAAUGAAGGCUUUUACAUUUGACUUGUUUAGUUUAUUCAGUUGUACGAGACGUUGCUUUCAUCAUUAUCAGUGAUUGUUAUUUUAGCUUUUAUGAUUUUCUAUCUACCUCUGUACUCUAGUGUAGUACGAGUCCAAAUGUCCGGAGUUUCAAGUAGAGGAUGAUGGCAAGAUGAAAUAUCCACCAAUCAAAUGACUAACAACAUGAAUGAUCAAUUACUCUGCUUAAACAUACUUGUUUGGUAAUUUGUUUCCCCCUCUCAGCGUUCUGUUGGUAUGACCUCCUGGACUGCACAGUAGAUCAGCAGUUUUUACUUGUUGCUUGUAGAGAGCUGAAUAUUGUUGGUUUUGUAUCAUAGCAAGUUGUUGGUUGUAUUUAUUGUGCAUCCAACUCUUGUUGUCACACUGCUUCAUUUAUGAAAGUAGUAAAUGCAAACACUGAUUUGGGGGAGGCUUGUUUAGAAUUUGUUUUCCCUCACAAAAACGAUCGUUCUCACGUGUUUUUUCCUGUAAUGUCUUAACUUUGUACACUGACAAUUGGGUCAUAUGUGAUUCCACAGGGUCGCUGCACUUGGAGCCAAUAUGCAGUGCAAGUUUAAACCAAAUAGUCAAUAGACAAACAGUGUGCAGAUCAGAAACACCUUCAGAGAAAAGACAAAGAUAAUGUUUUUGCACUGCCUGGCCAAACUGCUCCACAUGUCACUACUGCAAAUCAAGAGUUUGCAUGAUCAUAGCAUGUUAAACAGCAUAUGGUCUAGCCUGACAAGUACAAUCAGUUAUGAGCCAUUUGUCCACUUAUUAAGUCUACGGUUUAAACUGGACGAGUCAUAAGUUCCUGUUGGCAGCUGAGCACCAGAGUUACACCAUUUCUGUAAGCUAGGGGAUUACAUGCCACUACUUAACACGUUAAAGAUUCUCUUAUUACUUUGUCCUUUUUAUCCUUUGUUUGUGUAGCCUAUGAAAAUAAAACAUUUCAAUUGCAGUUUAUUUCCAUCAAGAUUGCAAAAUUGGCCUCUUUUCAGUGAAUAAUCACAUCAGUAAAUGUUUUAGCUUCAACACUGU